CAACGCAUAGUUAGAUUCGACAAGUGCAGAACUUUCAGUUCUUGUUCCGUAUUAUUCCACAGUGCGGAUUGUUCAUAUUUUAUUUUUCAUUUUUCAGUAUCCUCAGGUUUUCAUUUAUACUUCUCAUUAUGCCGCGUCGUAUUAUUACGGGUCGAGCGAGACGUUUAGGCAUUGAAGCAUUAGAAGCGUAUGAUCGAGCGAAGGCAGAAUGUGAGCAAAUGUUAGCUGCUUCAAUGGUCUAUAUUCAGGCGACGGAAAACAUGGAUGAAGUUCGUCGUCAGAAUGAGGAAUGGGAUCGACAGUAUGCUCUUGAAGAACAAGUUGGUUCGAUUCUUGAUGUGAUCGAGGACGACGAGGAUAAGCAGCGAUGGAUUCGAUCAGUGAAGUUGCAUUUGAUGAAUAAUUCGUCGGGCACGUUGAUUAAGAAGAACCCUGACGAGCCGUGGUCCGCUCCUGAUACCUUCGAUGUCGAUGCAUACGACAAAUGGUCCGAAGGAUUGUAUGAGCAGUACGAGAAAGAGUCGUCUGAACCUGGAGAGCAGCAGCAGGAAGAGCCCGAGGAGCCAGUAGCUGAGCUUGUGGUUCGAGCUCCGUCCGAAGAGAUUCCGUAUCGCCCAGUCAUUCCAAUGGACGUCGACGAAGACAAGGAAGACGUGCAGCCGAAGUUUGUCUCCAUCAUUAGCCUGCAUAACUAUCCUCAUCCUGGACCUCCACCUCGCCAAUCCCAUGGACUUCCGGAUGCCGUCGACGCUAAGGAUCCUACACUAACAUUAACCGGAUCAGGCGUACAGUCAUUGGGCAUCGGAUGGACAUGCGCGGAUUGUGCAGGAUGAGAGAGGGGAUCAGGAUGGAGCAUGGAGCGCUACACAAUCCAGCGGGAUGGACUGGAUGGAUUUGUUUACGUUUGCGGGAGCAAAAAACCGUUUGUGGGGGUGACGUGUGGAGAGGAGUACGUACGAGGAUUCCACCGUACAUCCACUGACUGUCCGCCUUUACCUGCAACACGGAUAUCAGUUAAUCAGUUCUGUGAUUCGUUACUCAGUUAUGGCUUAGCGGUGUAUUUGAUGUUUACUUCUGCUAGUCUAUAAAUUCUCAUGUCGCCUCUAAUAUCGACAGCAGUCUUGGAUUUCAGAUUUCGAGACUACUUGCUUUUAACUUUCCUGUGUUGUGCAUAUGAUUGUGUGUUAGCGGAGUAAAGCAUCUUCUGUGAUUAUCGACGUUCGUAAUUUGUAUCGGAUUAUAGCGUGGUAAACACGGUAUGCUCGUACUGCGUCCGACCCGCAUAUGUAACGACCGGAAGUUAGGAGUAUCCAGCACAAUUGCUUAGGGAUUCCAGAUUCUUCGUGUUCCUGAUAAUUUCCUCCAUUUUCUACUGUAACAGUUGAUUUAAGAGUUUGCUCUACCGAUUGAGUCGUGGCAGGGAAGUGGUUAGUCUCUUACACUAAACCGUACAGAGUCUCUUCACACGACAAAUGUUAUGUUUCUGUUAAAUGUUGAGAGUAGUUUUUUUUAUUAAUGCUUUGAGUUUAUUAUGUUAGGAAAUAGGUGUACAGUACUCGUACUGUAAUUUGGCG